AAUUCGACGAAAUGCUGCAAUGUGAUUGGUUGACCGCGGUGAAGAGGCAAAAUUAAAACAGAGUGCUUUGAAGUUUGGAAACGGUCAGUGUUCACGAAGACUUCGAUUACCUUUUGUGUGUCAUUUAUUAUUAAUAACGAAGCAUCGUUAUACAAAAACUGAAUAAUCAUGUCAAAGAACACCAAUGGUCCCGAGUGGGAAUAUAAUGCACCACAGUUUGUUGAUUUCACCGGACCCAUGGACGUGACAGACAACGCCGAUGAGUAUUUCAAUUUUGAUCAUGAAAACGGAGUACCAGUCAGGUUUUCAAUGCAUAGUAACCAGCUUUCAGAAGUUAAGAAUAACUUGGAUGUGUCGUUGCCAUACAUAAGUCCUAAUAAAAAUGACACCGAAUAUAAUAUCACUGCAUGCAACACAACAAAUCCAGAAUCAAUCGAGGAUAACAAUGAUGUAGAUACAGAGUUCGAAAACAAUAACACAGAUGAAGAAAAUAUGUUUGCCGACAAGGAUGGAAAAAGGAAUAGUGAAAAAGACAAUGAAUCCGAAGAGUCUGAUGUCUUCACUGUUAAAAUACCAAAGAAUUUGGCAACAUCUUUGACAGCAUGGAACAGUAAAACUGAAGACAAAAGGAAAAGUCUAGAAAAUAAAAACAGACAAGUUUUAAGACAAAAAGCCAGACAACAGUAUAUACAGAAAUCAACUAAGAAAAUUAGUAUAUCCUCGCAAAUUUCAAACAAAACAAAACCGAUGAUCAGAAAACCAGUGACGGCUCAAUCGGAUACUAGUCAAGAGCCUGCCAGUAAGAAAACUAAGAAAGAAACGAAUAUUGUUCACAAGUCGCCUGUAGUUAAAAAGAUCAGACUGACAAAACCAUCUACACCUUCGUGCUUAAAGCGUAAUUUUUCAAAACCAGGUUCCCAGAUUUUAAAAUCGUCAGAAGAACUUGAAAUGGAAAAAAUUGCCGAGAUGAGACAUCAACUUGCUCAGAAGCGGAAGCAAGCUAUGGAGUCAAAAAAAAUGGCAGAGUCAGGUCAGGGCUGUGGUCCCAUGCGUUCAGAACAUAAAACUACCAAACCCAUGGAAUUUCAUUUUGCCACAGAUGAAAGGAUCAAGACACAUGGCAUGGAGACAAGGAGUGACACAAAGUCGUCCAACUUUGUUUCUGGUUUGCGCAAUCAUCCCGCUUCACCUGUAAGUUCUGGUACUUGUGGCAAAAAUUCAAGUAGUUCUGUACAUGAUCCCAAAAAGGGACCCACAAAAGUUAGACCUUUCCAUCUGCACGAGUCUCGCAAGAGAAAGAUUGACGAAGGACAUGAGGAGUAUAAAUCAACUGCUGUGUUGAUGAGAGAGUUCCAGACUAGAACUCCAGAAAGAUUUAAAACUAAACCUAAAUCUAAGGGUACCACUCCUAUGCGAAAGCGCAGAUCAACACCAAGUCUGACAGUGGCUAAAACACCGUGUUUUGAGACUAAAAGUCGUAAAAGAUCAUAUGUAGUGAUGAGUGCGGCAGAAAAAGAAGAGCAAGAAAUAGAAGAAAUGAAAGCAUACAAAUUCAAGGCACAUCCUGUAAAUUAUCGCAUCCUCAAUGAGAAAGAAAAAACUAAGAAAACUGAAAGCAAACCAGCAACACAGGCUGUAGGAUUCAGCGAUGAAAUUAACGAGCGUCUACUAAAUAAACCUGUUCGAAAAGCCAAAGAGGAGGAAAAGUUUCAUUUUCAUGCCAAGCCAGUGCCAGCAAAAAUCCUUGAUCACCCAGUGGAAGAGGAAAAGUCUCGAAUUAUUCAUGUGAAACGCCCUCCACAAAUGGGUGUUCCUUUCACCGUUCAGACUGAGCAUAGACAUAUUGAUGUUGUACCCUUUUCCUUUGAGGAAAGAGACAAAUCCAAACAAAGUGAAAAAGCAGCAAGAAUUCGUGAGAUGUUGGAAGAAGAAGAAAGGGCAAGGCAGUUUAAGGCACAACCAUUGCCAAACUUGUCGUUGUGUCUUGGUGUGCCAGCUAAAAAAGCCAAGGAGACAACAACGGCUAAACCAUUCCAUCUUGCAGCUGAUGAGAGGGGUGCUAAAAAGGCAGAGGAAUGGACCCAUAAGGUUGAAGAAGACUUAAAAAAUGAGCUUGCACUAUCCAGUGCCUUCAAAGCACAGCCAUCAAGUGUGUUAUAUCAAAAGCCUUUCAUCCCAGAAAAAACCAACAAAGCACUCAUAGAUAUUGCUCCAUUCGACCUCAACACAGAGAGGAGAUCUUUUGACAGGAAGAUGUUUGAAGAUGCCAAAAAAUCAAAAGAACGUGAAGCAAUCGCAAUAAAGCUGCGUCGCGAGAAGGAAAAUGAUGAGAUGGAAUUAGAAGCUGUAGCAAAAUUAAGAGCUGAGAUGGUACAUAAACCAAAUCCAAUCAGACACUACAAAACUGUUGAUAUACAUCCGAGUGAUAAGCUCCCCACGGAAGCCAUGUCUCCUCAUUUAAAAACUGAACGUCGUUGCAGGGGUAAUAAAGUGUGAAUCGGGG